GUAUGUUUAACAUAGGGCGUGUGUUAGCAGUUCGGAUAGUGUUGACAAUGAGGCUCUAACAGCUGUUGUAUUUCUUUGUUUAGUAGGUGGCGGAAGAUGUGUAACGGUAGUUUCUUAAUAUAAGGGAGGCAAUUAACUAGCCCGGAAAAAAUAUUUAAGACAAAGACUUUAACUAUGGAGGAAAAGAAGGAAGAAGGAGAAGCUAAAAUUCAAGAGCACGGCCCGGAGCACUGGUUCACCAAAUGGGAACGACAGUGCUUAGCAGAAGCUGAACAGGACACUCCGAGCGAAGAAGAGACGGAACAAAGUCAGCAAAAGCUGUGGCACCUUUUUCAGAACUCGGCCACGGCUGUAGCACAGCUCUACAAAGACCGUGUAUGUCAGCAGCAAGGCCUCUCCCUUUGGGUGCCCUUUCAGAACGCAGCUACAGCUGUCACUAACCUAUAUAAAGAGAGUAAUGAAGCCCACCAACGGAGUUAUGACCUGGGAGUUCAUUUAGGCCACCAGCGCAGGAAUAAAGAGGUGAUUGCAUGGUUGAAGAAACGUCGGAGAACAAUCAGACGAGAAGAACUUAUUAGUUUCCUGUGUGGCAAAGUUCCACCUCAGCGGACAACUCGUGCGCCACCCAUAGUUGCUAUGGUGUCUGCAAGUCGACCACCGCCACCCGAGUCAGACAGCUCUGUGGAGACGGACCUGCAGCCCUUCAGAGAGGCAAUCGCCUUGCACGGCCUUAGUGGUGCCAUGGCCAGCAUUUCUGUGCGCUCUGGUCCUCCUGGUUCUCCAACACACCCUGCCCAGUCUCUUGGUCGACGUAGGAACGGUCUUCACGACGUAGACCUUAACACCUUCAUUGCCGAGGAGAUGGCACUUCAUUUAGAUCCCGCUGCCAGUCGCAAGCGAGGCUCUGCGCCCUGCAGCGACGUCAUCACAGACUCACCCACUCAUAAACGUAACAGGAUGCUCUGAACUUUUCGAACAACCGCGACUCCUCAGCUGUCUUCUCCUCGGUGGCCGACUGGACAGGUGACGAGGACUGAUGCCUUGGCCAACCAUUUAAACAUCUUCCUGUUUUAGUUGCAAUGUUACAAAUAAAGGAAAGCUUUUGAAUGUUAUCAGCCUGCAUAUUUAGCCCCUUCUUUAUCACUGCCAUUUUUUCUCAAUAGGAACCAUGUUGCUCUUUCUUUGCAUGUUAAAGCUUUGUUUAAUUUUAAUUUUGUUUCCCCUUAAUUACACCACACAUUUUAAACCUUAAAUUUCGAAGUAAAGAAUUUAGCUUUAUUUGUUUCAAUUUUUUGUGCUCUCAUGCCCACUGUUUGCAGUUUUCCUCCCCCUUUCUUUAAGCGUGCAUAACAAUUUCUGGUGUGCAGGCCAAACCAGAUUGGACUAAAAUUUGAACUCCUGAUGUUUGGCUUAACUUCACGCAUCUGAACACGUGGAUCUUAUUCUGCUGCUGUUGUGCGUUUGCAUAUCUCACAGCAAAACUGCCACUAAAUGUCUUCGCCUUUGAGAAAGCUGCAACAGUAUCUCUGGUUGUGAUGCAACCGUGUGUGCGCGUGCGUGUGUGUGUGUGAGAUUAUGGGAUGGAUUUGUUCCAAACUUUAUUAACCUCACUUUUAUUUACUUACCUUUACAAUAAAAUACUAGUGCUGUUAUAUCAAGUUUACAAAUCUACAGACGAGCACAUUUUCUUUUCAGCCUUCAAAUACAGCACUGUUCUUGAUAGCGAUGCAAACCGAGUGUUUGAAAACCUGCAUUUGAUCUGCUUAAUGUUUACACUUGACCUAUUAAAAUGAUCCUAGACUCAUGCAUUGCCAUCGUUCAGUGUAUUUUCAGCUUUAAAUUUAGAAGGGGCCGGUGGCUGUGAGAUUAUAUUUUGUUUAUCCAGCUCAUGGGUUAUGGAGUGUGUUAGUUCAGCAAAACUCUUUGUUUUUGCUAAUAUCACACCGUUUUGUGAUACAAUCUUGUGUAAGUGUGUAAAUAAUAUGUAGGUGCUGUAACGUGGUACUUAUUGUAAAAAGAAGUGCUAAUCCAUGGGAAUGUCCUUGUACAUUGAUUCGGAAAUUAAAGACUACAAAUGUUAA